CUCUCUCUCAUUGCUCACGGCAUGUGUGUGAGUGAGAGGCGAUUAAAACGGAGCGUGUACAAGCUGAACAUUAGACUCUGGAUACGAUCAACAAUAAUCAGGUUGUAAACUUUUUCCAAACCAACUCAGUGGUUCAUUGAAGGAAUAUUGGCACGUGUUGACUACCAGACCCGGUUAUACGCAGUUUUAGACGUCUCGGGACUCAAUGACGAGAAAUUCUACUAGGGGACCAGGAGGACAGUAGAUGACAAUGGUGGAGAGGUUGAUUGGAGAGGUAACUGAAAGUGCACAGAUUUUAAAAGAAGAGAUGGUUAAAUGAGACAAGAAGAGCCGUGUGAGACACCAUCUUCUUGACAUCUCCCAGACCUGUGCCAACACCCCUGCCUGUUUCUCAUGAAUGUAAAUCAAUCAUUUCCCGGAUGGAGAACGCUUCCUCAUCGUCUGUUCUGCCUUCCUGCACCUACAAUGAGGACUUUAAGCGCAUCCUUCUCCCUGUGGUGUACAGCGUGGUCUUCGUCCUUGCUUUGCCGCUCAAUUUUGCCGUCAUCCUACAGCUGUGGGGAACCAGACGUUCUCUGACUCGGACCAACAUCUAUACACUCAACCUGGCAGCUGCUGACUUCCUGUAUGCAUGCUCCCUCCCUCUGCUCAUCUACAACUAUAGCAGUCGAGACUACUGGCCCUUUGGAGAGCUGACAUGCCGAUGGGUUCGUUUCCAGUUCUACAGCAACCUGCACGGCAGCAUCCUUUUUCUCACCUGCAUCAGUGUUCAGCGCUACCUGGGAAUCUGCCAUCCGCUGUCCCCAUGGCUCAGAAGAGCAGGACGCAAGCUGGCAUGGGCUGUAUGUGCCAGUGUCUGGGUCAUUGUAGCACUUCUGUGUGCACCUACGUUUGAAUUUGCAGCGACUGGCAUCCAGAGAAAUCGUACCGUGUGCUACGAUCUGAGUGUGCCUGAGCGCUCGCGUCAAUACUACCCAUAUGGCAUGGCCCUCACCUGCCUGGGCUUCCUGUUGCCUUUUUUUGUCAUUGUGCUAUUGUACUGCAGGAUGGCACGGUCUCUGUGCCAACCAGGGGAUGUCAGUGGUGAAGCAGCCAAGGAGAAGAAGUGCAAAGCUGUGAGGAUGAUUGCUAUUGUGGUGCUGGUGUUUGCCGUAAGCUUCCUGCCUUUCCAUGUGACCAAAACAAUGUACCUGCUAGUGAGGACCUUGCCUGAUGCUCCGUGCCAACUUCGGAACCUUUUUUCAGUGGUCUAUAAGAGUACGAGGCCCUUUGCCAGCAUGAAUAGUGUGCUCGAUCCUAUCCUGUUCUACUUCACCCAGCCCAAAUUUAGACGCAGCACACGCAGACUGCUGCUCAGGGUCACUACUUAUAGAGAAAACAGCAAACAAGGAGAAAGAUCACCACAAAACCUAAUAAACCAGAAAUCAUUAAGGGUAUAAAAUUAAUUUAAUAGAAUAAAAGAAUGUUUGCACCUACUAGGCUCGCACCUAAGCUCAAUUCCUACUGAGGAAGAAUCCCUGAAAUCUCCUGAAUGAGAUCUUAGCCAUUCAACUGACCUACUGUUCAAUAAAUGAUGCAAACAGUUUAUGACAUUUUAACAAAUGAUGUGGCAAAUUUACAUUCAAACCAUAGAAUGGAAAAACAUUUUCCUACAUUUUCUUUCCUUAGUCCAAAACACUAAAAUCUAAAUAAAAACUCUGCAGGUGUCUUAAAUGAUUGACAUCUUUUAGUUUGCUGCCACAUGUGUACUAUCAAUUAAUUAUUCUUACCAUAAUUAAAUACAUUUGCCAUAAAUUAACCUAAGCCUAAAACAGCCUAUCAAAGGUUGUAAAUGUAAACAUAAAUUCUGAAUCUCAGUCAAUCACAAUCCUAACUUUGCACUAAUAAGUCCACAGAUGCUCAUACAGUCCACUCAUAAACAAAUGUUCUUUAUGAUCUUUAUGUUCUUUAAGACAAAAUCUAUUUUCGUGACAUAAUGUGUGUAGAACACAAAUAUUUCAGAUUCAUGUAUGGAUGAUCUACUGUAGCAAAUAUAUCAACAAAAACAACACAAGGUUUUGAUUGAAACUGAACAUUUUGCCCAAACGCCCUUCAUUGGCUGUGUAAACAGUGUUUCUUAGUAGCUGUUAAAGAAGUCGUGUGCUGUACUUAUCCAUAUAAGAAAUAUGAGGAAAAAGAACUUUAACCCAGGGUUUAGGAAUGUAGUGUUUUUAAGUGUGAAAAUCACUGUGUGUGUGUGCGUGUGCGUGUGUGUGUGUGUGUGUGUGUGUGUGUGUAAAUAAAAUGUAUUAUCAUAAGAAUUGUCUGCACAGUGGACAUGGGUGAGAGUAACUGUCAUGUAAUGAAACCUUACAUUAGGUUCCCAAACAAGUCUCAGGUCUCUAACAAUAUAAGCUCACAAUCUUAUAGACAGUAUGUUAAUACUGAUCAUCAUUUCAAAAAGCAGCACUGUUUGUCUUUACUCUUGUACACAUGUAUACUGAAACGAUUUAUACUUCCACUACGUGUAAAUGUAAAUAAAAGUGAAGGGCACCAUGUAGGACUUAACGAUUUCAGCCACUAGGUGGUGUGAUUUAUCAAGAAGAGCUGGCAGCAGUGCGUCAGGUCUUUCUGUAAGCUGCACUUAGCUGAUCAGUCUCGUAUCUAAAGGGAAUAUAAUUCUGUUCAGAAUGAGAUUUCACACACCCUAGUUCUUCCUUAAGCAAGUACUGAUAUAAUUAUAAAACAUGACUGAAUCUAUAAAAUAAGUAUGCAUGCUACACACUAGAAAUACCUAUAUAUAUAUAUAUAUAUAUAUAUAUAUAUAUAUAUAUAUAUAUAUAUAUAUAUAUAUAUAUAUAUAUAUAUAUAUAUGAAGACAUAAAUUGCACUCUUGGUUUGAGCAUGUGGUGCUGCAUCACACACUUGCAUCUUAAGCCUACACUAGUAAACCUUAUCGAUAGAAAUGUGUGUAUCUGUUGAAAAGACAUUUGUAGUGUAAAUGCUGUGCCACAUAAAAAUGCUUUUGGCCUGUGAGAAUAUGACUAAUUUGUGAAGUUUUUCAGUGUCAUGUAGUUUUGUGAAGCUAUAAUACUUGUGUGUGGGCUGUUCAAACCGUUAAAUGUGAAUUUCAGAACUAUGCAUCUUUAAAAAUGGGCAUCACUGAGUUGGUACCUGACUGGAUAUUGAUAUAAUUGUGUAAAUGCUUGUGCCAUACUACAAUGUUUGCUUGCUUUGCUUAUGUCUGUAGACCUAAAUUUUGCACUAAUAUACAGUAUUAGAAAUCAAUAAAAUCACCAGAAGUUGU